GUUCGAUCCCGGGUAGGGGCGAGGGUACGGACGAAAGUUGAACUGUUACAUCUGUGCAGUCAAAGAUUUCUUUAAUUUUAGGUAAUUCAAAGUGGUCAGGUAUUCUGCCACGGUGUACUCUGUUUAGGGUUAAAUAGCAUUCUAGUUUGCGCUGUUAUUUUGUAAAUUCUUUCCAAUGUGUCAAGAACUUAUAUAUUUGGUUUCACCCCACCACUGCGCACUAGGCAAAAUGUUACAAUCCCACGUAAACCCAGUGCAGUAGGUGGGGCCUAAAAGUAAUCGGAGGCAGAGUGCCAGAUCACUCUCGUCCUCGCUCUACGGUUGUUGUGAACGAUGUUAUCGCAGCAUUCGAAGAGCGAACAGAAUUCGCAAGAUUCGAAUCGAGGAAGUGGGGUGAUUGCAGAACUACUGUGCAAUUCUAAAGCUCCUUGACGCCAUACCGCGACCCGAGCGAGAAGAAUGACUCCCCGGAGCGUGUUCGCGCUACCCAGGCAGCAAUCCCUGUUUCUUCCCGCCGUCCUUAAUCCUUUUGUGCAGGAGGUGAAAUUGGCCAACGCUGACAUUAUCAAAUGUGUAUUCCGGGGAAUCUUCCUGGUGCCUAUCCGUGCCAUCUUCCUGACUCUGGUUCUCGUGGUAACAUGGCCUGUUGCUGUCAUAAUAACAUUCUUGCACCCUCUUAAAGGAGCGGUGGCGCCCAUGACCGGAUGGAGACGGUUCAUGUGUCGGCGUGUGAUGGCGUUCCUGGGGAGGUCCUACUACUUCUUCAUGGGCUUCAGGGUGGUGGUGAAGGGCCAGCAGGUGAGCAGUGCAGAGGCCCCCAUUCUGGCAGUGGCCCCACACUCCACCUUCUUUGAUGGCAUUGUGUGCAUCGUAGCAGGCCUGCCCUCCACUGUGUCCCGCACUGAGAACCUCGCCACUCCUAUAUUCGGCAGGUUUGUGCGGUGUCUCCAGCCGGUGCUGGUCUCCAGACAGGACCCAGACUCCCGUAAGAACACCAUUAUGGAGAUAGACAGCAGAGCCAAGUCUGGAGGCUGCUGGCCACAGAUCCUGGUCUUCCCUGAGGGGACUUGUACAAAUCGCUCAUGUCUCAUCACUUUCAAACAAGGUGCCUUCGUCCCUGGGGUCCCGGUGCAGCCUGUGGUCAUGAGAUAUCCCAACAGACUGGACACUGUGACUUGGACUUGGCAAGGCUUCAGCUCGAAAACCCUGCUGCUUCUCACUCUGUCUCAGCUCUACACCAAUGUAGAGAUAGAGUUUCUUCCUCCAGUUACCCCUACUGAGGAGGAAAAGAAAAGACCUGUGCUGUUCGCCAGGAGAGUACGAAAUGUUAUGGCCCAGGCCCUGGGUGUGCCAGUGACGGACCACACAUAUGAGGACUGUAGACUGAUGAUCUCAGCUGGGGAGCUCACCCUGCCAAUGGAGGCUGGUCUAGUGGAGUUCACUAAGAUCAGCCAAAAACUUGACCUGAAGUGGGACAACGUGAAGAAGGAGCUGGAGGGCUUUGCAGCCGUGGCCUGCUCCUGUAAAGGAGGCCGCAUCACCAUCCAGGAGUUCGCCAGCUUCCUCAAGCUGCCCAUCAGCCCCGCCCUGCAGGAGCUGUUUGCUCUCUUUGACAGGGAUGGAGAUGGCACCAUUGACUUCAGAGAGUAUGUCAUCGGUGUAACCAUCUUAUGUCGGCCAGCUAACACCGAAGAGGUCCUCCGCACAGCUUUCCAGCUGUUUGACACUGACGAGGACCAAAGAAUCACGCAUGAAGAGUUCUCCUCCAUGCUUCGCUCUGCACUAGGCGUGUGUGACCUCAACGUCUCCAAACUCUUUAAGGAGAUAGAUACAGACAGCUCUGAAUUCAUCACUUUCUCCGAGUUCCAGGCGUUUGCCCUGAACCACCCAGAGUAUGCCAAGCUGUUCACCACCUACCUGGAGCUCCAGCGGUACCAGGCCCUCCAGGGGGUGGAGUCAGAACUCUCCUCCACCAAUCACGUCUCCUCUGAGGACAACCAGGAAGAGAGCAUCUCUGACAAGAAGGACGACUAAGUCUGAGGCAGAGACUGUCGUUGUGUUCGAGAGCAUUACCAUAUAUUUUGCUCAGUAGCUGAUCACUGGCUGAUCUAGCUGCAAACUGACUGAUAUACUGUUAAUAAUACAGUUAUUUAAGAUCCAAGGUGAUUUGUUGAUCAGUAAGUCUGCAGUUGCUGACUGCAAUGUUGUCGAUCUAGAUCAUGUACAGAGACGGAACUCUUUUUGAGCUCUCAGUUGAAUACACAGACAGACAAACUACUGAUGAACCACAACAGGGUCUUUUCUAUUGCGUUGAUUUUAGAGAACUGGAACCUCGUUUUGACAGCAUAGCAAAGUAUUGUGUUGACCACAUAGGAAAUAGGAUGAUGUAUGUUUAAAUUAAUGUUGCUUUUUUGCAAAAAUAAAUAUAUUUUUUGCUUAAAUUCUUUCUAUGAUUUUUUUGUGCCUUAAAAAGAAUUGUAAGUGAGGUUUGUAAGAGCUAUUGUUUGUGUUUCUGUACAGAUGGGGUGGAAUCAUAGACCUCCAAGUAUAUUUUUUCAGAUCCUUGUUGAUGGCAGAAUGUGGUCAUAGGAAGGAUGAACAAUAUACGGAUAUCCACUUAAUCCUAAUGAUUUUAAGAAGUUGCUCAUAGCAAUGUUGAACUUUUUGCCAAUGUUUUUUGUAGAUUCCCCUGCUGAUUUUUAUUUAAGGCAUCCCAUUGUUUUGUCAUAGUUUUGCCUCUUCAGAUGAAAACCCAACUACAUAGUGCCAGCCCAUAAUGUAUGUAAAUGACCUGGAUACCCUUCUGAGAUGACUGUAUCCUGUACUCUUUAAUGUGUCUACCUGUUCACCUCUGUUUUCCACAGAGUUUCCUUGAAGAUAACUGGAAAGGCUGCCAAACGUUGCUUUUGUAUGAGUUGAAAGUCUUUAAUGUAUGACUGGAUUGCAGAAAACAUCAUUAAUACCCGCUUUUUCUAAUGAUAUCAACCCAAUCUGGCAACCCAGCAAAGGAGCAAUAAUACAAGCUAUAAGGAUACAUGCUGUGCUUGACAGUUUUUCCACUGCUCAGGGAUACACUGUAAGUAGUGCUGCUGUAUAAUUAGCUAAGGCUUUUGCUUUGCAUCUGUUUCGAUUUGCAUUUCCAUUGAAGAGUGAUGUUGCUGAGGCAGCAGUGGAACCUUAUGGCUUUAGCCAAACUAAAGCCCGAGCAUCUACUGGAAAAUAAGGCAAUUUGUGAGCAAAAAGGCAAGUGUGCCUAGUAAUACAUACCCCCUGGAAUACACUGUUGUAUGGUUUCAAGUUAACUAGCGUGCAUUGUUAUUUAUUUAGCAGAGCGCGUUGUUGCAAUUAUGUUAAUUUUUGUGAACACAGCAAACUUUAUUUUUUUGCAAUAAAAUCCACUACAAUUUUAA